GUGUGCCACGUCAAGCUAAAUUAUUAAAAUGAAAUCAGUCACGUUUGUGCGAAGGCAACAGCUAGAAAAAAACAACAGCAUCAACCGCAGCGAGAACGGGCAGCAACAACAGCAACCACGACGACAACGACGACAAUUAGGCACAAGAGUUAAAAGAAGAAGAAAAACAAUAUGGCCAGAGGAGGCCUCACGAAAGACGGCACCGUCUCGAAAAAGGGAGCCGUUUCGCCACAACCCCUGAGGUCCCAACCAACUCGCCGUGGCGAAGCUCUCACACCACCAGUUGAAACCCGAGACGGGGUCGGCGCCUCCGACCACCCACCACUGAGACCAAGUAGUCGCCGCAUCUCGAACAGACCCGGCCGCGAGUCGCCGCAACAGGCUGCUUCGCCUGCGAGCAAGCCGUACUCACAGGCGCCCGCGCAGUCUUCGCCCAAGGCGACGGGAGGAACGGGCUCGCCGAAGGCCAGAGGCCCUCAGGCGGCGAAACUCGGCGCUUCGCCCGAAGACACCAGCUUCGCUCGGGCGCCGUCCGCGUCACCCAAGCCACGCGCCUCGCUGAAAUCUGGUGCAUCACCGAAGCUCGUCGGCUCUCCAGCGGCCACCAUUUCACCGCAGCGGAGUGGCUCUCUGUCACCAGCGAUGUCGCCACCGAAGCUUGCCACUCCCACGACGGCUGGGCCAUCGCCAAAACCCAGCGCUGCUCCGGCACCUACCGUCUCGCCACUUCCAGGGCACAAAAGCGGCGUGGCAGAAGGCAAAGAAACCCCUUUGAAAAAACACUAUACGAAGCAUUCCAUGCCCUCUGUAAACCUGACGCGAAUACCAAAGAACGUCUGUGAGGAUAGCGUUGUGCUCUUCAACGAAGAAAAAUCAAGGUGACGACAAAACGAUAACGCGAAGGACGACCUUUAUGCUUCAAGUACAACUUGUUUUGACAGUGCGACGUCCACUGCUGACGUACAGCUUCGGGCAUCAGCUCGGCUACAAAGGCCAUCGCCCACUAAAUAUUUCAGCACUUAAAUAACAUUUAUCUGGCGCUCGG